AUUUAGAAAAAAGUGAUUUUGCAUUGCCUUCAAAAUGUUCGAAGAAGACGGUGACGCACUGUUCGAUGUAUUCGACUCUGAAGUUCCAAUCAGUGAAUUCACUAACGGAGAACUCUCCAGUGGCACAGAUCACACUGCUGAGCAACAUAAAAAUCUGAACAAACAAAAUAAUCACAGCCGGGAUCCAUCGAACAAAAGAACAUUACAGGAUUCCGAAGUCACUAACGGCCAAAAAGAUGCCAGCAACGUUAAAGGCAAUAGAGACGACGAUGCCUCUAAUCAUGCCGUCAAAAAAUUCAAACUUACUGAAGACGCUCCUCAGCCUAUCGUUGCUGACGAGUUCGAACAGGAGAGCACUAGAGAAGUCGCUAAUAUUCCUGGCCUGCAAGGCACCGUUGCUCCAGACGGUACGGAUGGACUAGUAUUGAGCCACGCGGUCCGCCAUCAAGUCGCCUUACCACCAAACUAUCCAUAUGUCCCAAUUUCCCAGCAUGUUCCACCAAAGGAUCCCGCUCGAACAUACCCCUUCAAUUUGGAUCCAUUUCAACGUGUAUCCGUCUCAUCUAUAGAGCGUAACGAAUCCGUUCUGGUUGCCGCCCAUACGUCAGCUGGUAAGACCGUGGUCGCAGAAUAUGCCAUCGCACUUUGCCUCAGAAACAAGCAACGUGUCAUCUACACAUCUCCCAUCAAAGCUUUGUCCAAUCAAAAAUACCGUGAAUUUCAAGAAGAGUUUGGUGAUGUAGGCUUGAUGACCGGUGAUGUGACUAUCAACCCCACUGCGUCUUGUCUGGUUAUGACCACAGAAAUUUUACGGUCUAUGCUUUACCGUGGAUCUGAGAUCAUGAGAGAAGUAGCUUGGGUUGUAUUUGACGAAAUCCAUUACAUGAGAGAUUCAGAACGUGGUGUGGUUUGGGAAGAAACCAUCAUCUUACUUCCACACUCUGUCCGAUAUGUCUUCUUGUCUGCCACCAUUCCAAACGCUAUGGAAUUUGCUGAAUGGAUUUGCAAGAUUCACGAACAACCAUGUCACAUUGUAUACACUGACUUCCGGCCCACUCCACUACAACAUUACCUUUUCCCAGCCGGUGGUGACGGUAUACAUCUUGUGGUAGAUGAAAAAUCUAACUUCAGAGAAGACAAUUUCCAAAAGGCAAUUGGAAGCUUAGCUGAUGCUCAGGGAGAUGACCCCGCCAACGCUCAGGCAAAGGCCCGCAAAGGCGGAAAAUCUCACAAGGGAGGCCAGAAGGAUGGUCCAUCCGAUAUCUAUAAGAUCAUCAAAAUGAUCAUGAUGAAGAAUUACCAUCCUGUCAUCGUCUUCAGUUUCUCCAAGAGAGAAUGUGAAGCUUUGGCGCUGCAGAUGAGUAAAUUGGAUUUCAAUGAUGAAAGCGAAAGGGACAUGGUGUCUCAGGUUUUCAAAAAUGCCAUCAGCUCUCUCAAUGAAGAUGAUCGACAACUUCCUCAAAUUGAACACAUCCUUCCCCUCCUUCGCCGUGGUAUCGGAAUCCAUCAUGGUGGUCUGCUGCCCAUUUUGAAAGAAACCAUUGAGAUUCUCUUCCAAGAAGGUCUUCUGAAAGUUCUCUUUGCCACCGAAACUUUCUCCAUCGGUCUUAAUAUGCCUGCCAAGACGGUUGUCUUCACCAGCGUCCGAAAAUUCGACGGCAAGGACACUAGAUGGGUGUCGUCUGGUGAAUAUAUUCAAAUGUCUGGUCGUGCUGGUCGUCGUGGUCUUGAUGAUCGCGGUGUUGUCAUCAUGAUGAUUGACGAGAAGAUGGAGCCUGCUGUAGCCAAGGGCAUGGUCAAGGGUGAAUCCGAUCGAAUGAAUUCAGCUUUCCAUCUCAGUUACAAUAUGAUUCUCAACUUGCUUCGAGUUGAAGGUGUCAGUCCAGAAUUCAUGUUGGAUCGCUGUUUCUAUACAUUCCAAAACAACGCAAACGUUCCUCGCCUGGAAGAGGAACUCACACAGAAAGAGGCCGAAAAGUUAGCCAUGACUAUUCCCGACGAGGAUAACAUUGCUUCUUAUUACGAACUUAGACAACAAUUAGAAACCUAUUCAAAGGAUAUGAGGGACGUCAUUAAUCACCCAGCACAUUGCUUGCCAUUCUUGCAACCCGGUCGUCUGGUUCGCAUCAAGCAUGAAGAUAUAGACUUUGGAUGGAGUGUAGUUGUCAACUAUCAAAAGCAGAUUCAAAAGGGCAAAAAUCAAGAUGGAUCAGACAGAGAACCAAAAUACAUUGUCGAUUGUUUGAUGCACUGUGCUGCUGGUAGCAUUGUCGCAAAGAAUGCUGAUGGUUCUACAGUUGGCAUUCGACCACCCAAGCAAGGCGAACCUGGAGAGAUGAUUGUCGUUCCUGUCACCCUCUCCACCUUGGAUGGCAUCAGUCACGUUCGUCUCUUCCUUUCAGGCGAUCUCAAGCCCGUUGAGGAGCGAAAUAGUGUUUUGAAAUCUAUAAUGGAGGUUAAGAAGCGAUUCCCUGAAGGAAUUCCCCAAUUGGAUCCUAUUGAGAACAUGGGUAUCAAAGAUGAAGGCUUUAAGAAGCUAGUUCGCAAAAUCGAAGUAUUGGAAUCCAAGCUUUUGUCCAACCCUCUUCAUAAUUCACCCGAGCUUUCCAAACUAUAUGACAGCUAUGCCAAGAAGAUGGAGUUGACCAACCAAAUCAAGGCACUCCGCAAGCAAAUCUCACAAGCACACUCAAUUGUUCAACUGGAUGAGCUGAAAUGCAGAAAGCGAGUCAUGCGAAGACUUGGAUUUACAAGUGCAGCUGAUGUCGUUGAGAUGAAGGGAAGAGUAGCUUGCGAGAUCAGUUCCGGUGAUGAACUUCUUCUCACUGAAUUGAUGUUCCACGGUGUAUUCAACGACCUUUCUGUUGAACAAUCCGUCGCAUUGCUCAGUUGCUUUGUUUUCGACGAAAAGAGCGAAGAAACCCCACGUUUGAAGGAAGAGUUGGAAGGCCCUCUGCGUACAUUGCAGGAAGCAGCUCGUCGAAUUGCAAAGGUUUCUCAAGAAUCCAAGCUUAACGUUGACGAAGAGGAGUAUGUCAAGAAGUUCCGUCCAGAACUCAUGGAUGUGGUGUUCGCUUGGUGUCAAGGCGCAAAGUUCUCUCAAAUCUGUAAAAUGACCGACGUGUUCGAAGGUUCCUUGAUUCGUGUGUUCCGACGACUGGAAGAGCUACUUCGCCAAAUGUGCAGUGCUGCCAAGAGCAUCGGUAACACUGAAUUAGAAAACAAGUUUGCUGAAGGUAUUAACAAGCUUCAUAGAGACAUCAUCUUCGCAGCAUCUCUUUAUUUGUAAUUUUUUUUUUCAUGCUUUCGCAAUCGAGCUAUUGACUUUGGCGCACUUUGAUCCAUUUCGUACCAUCAUCAUAAAAAGUAAACCUCCCCCCUGUUACUAAUAUCAUGGAGAGUCUAUUCCUGAAGUUAAAUUAAAGCUUUCGACCUGACUCAAAUAGUCGUUCUUGAUAUUUUCAAUACUAUCAUGCAGCAUUUCGUCCGACAUGGUUGUGAAUGGUAGCAAGCGCAGCUUUUCCAC